AUGCAGAAGGCCAUGAACAGAACGCUGGACCCGUGUCGUUUUUUCUACGAGUACGUCUGCGGGAACUGGGAACGGGCGCACCCUGGAGCAGUCGACACCUUUCAAGUGAUCGAGCAGGCCGUUCUGGACACAGUAAAUGAAACAAUCAAAAAUGCUCGUGUGAACCCUUUUCGGCGUUCCGCCACCGAACGGGUCACGGCCGCUGUCCAGAGUUGCUGGGCUGUGGCGAGCGAGAAGCAGGAAAACCUCGCCGGUCUCAGCGAUUUUCUGAGAAGACACAACAUUGACCUCCCGCCGACCCGGACUGAAGGACUGCCGAGCCCCAUAGAUGUCAUGAUGAAGCUGAACCUUCUGCUGAACAUUCGAACUGUCCUCUUUGUUCAACCUGAACUUGACCUUCGAUCACAAGACCGAAUGAUACUCACAUUCCAUCCUAACAACAACCUACUCAAAGAGUUUUUGACGGGGUUUAAACAAGCCACUCCUGCACCUGCAGUCUAUAUCAACGGUCAGAGCUUUGCGAGGGACGUUGUCCAAGUACACAACCGGUUCCAGUACUGGCAUUACGUGGCCCGUUCUACAAGUCCGUCUUACAUGACCGUACAUCAGAUCGCCGACGGGACCCCAUACAUAUCAGCAACCAACUGGACGAAUGCCAUCAAUUCAGGGCUCUUGGAACCAAUAUCGACAGAGACAACGUUUUAUGUCAGAAGUACACAAACGCUUCAAAUUGUCAACUUACUGAUGCGUGAAUACCGAAGAAACCCCAGACCAGCGCUGAACUGGAUAACAAUGUUCGUUCACUUCUACUUCGCAUCCGCCAGUUCGUAUCAGCUCCAACAGACGUUUGGCAACCUAUCAAGCAGAUGUAUGGACUACAUGACGUAUAUAGCGCCCCACGCUUUGAACGUUCUCGUGACGGAACAGAAGGUGUCUACCGACGACGUGCAAACCGCGAAGCACAUAUUCCAGCACAUGAAGCGAGCGUCGGGCACAUUUUUCAGCUGGAUGGACAACAGAACGAGGGCACUGGCACUUCGACGAUUCGACAAGCUCUCGCUGACGCUCGGAGUUCCCCGAAAGUUUUACUCGCCGGCACUUCUAGAGAAAGAGUACGCCUUCCUUCCACUCUUCAGAGGUACCUUCCUGGAGGAACUGCUGAGUGCCUUCAGGGACAAAGCUAGCAUCGCGAUAUUUGAGUACACGUACGGUCCUAAAGGUCAAACGAUGGAUCGAGACGUCCUCAGCUUCAGCCUAGUUCCGCCCAUAACAAAUGCGUACUUCUUUAGAUAUAUCCACACCAUCUACUUUCCAACGGUCAUCUUGGCCAAGCCCCUUCUGGUCGUAGAAUCACUGGCCGCGACCUACGGCAGCUUUGGAUCCAUCUUAGGCCAUGAAAUCGGCCAUGCAUUUGAUCCCAUCUCGCAGUCGAUGGACCCUGGAGGGGGUAAGGAGGAGUGGAUGAGCAGCAGAUCACGAAGGGAUUACCAGGCGAGGAUCGACUGCGUCAUCCGGCUCUACGACGCCACUGGCGUUCGGGUUGACACAAACUACAGCGUGGCGACGUUGAACGAGAACUUUGCUGACAUUUUAGGACUGCAGAUUGCUCUGGCAGCCCUGGAGAGUGACCCUUGCGUUCGCCUGGACGCAGAGUCCCCGGUUAAGGGAUUUACGAAUAGGCAGCUCUUUUACGUGAGCUUCUGCAACCAGUAUUGCGCACACAGAUGGUUAGCCUACAAUUAUUUUGAUGGUCCUCACGCGGGGUACUAUCACAGUUCAGGGGUGUGA